AUGGCAAAGUCAAAGAACCACACGUUCCACAACCAGGCUCGUAAACACCACAGAAAUGGCAUCAAGAAGCCCAGGUCUCAGCGCUACGAGUCUCUGAAGGGGGUGGAUCCUAAAUUCCUGAGGAACAUGCGUUUUGCCAAAAAGCACAACAAGAAGGGCGCUAAACAGCCGGACUCUGCCACAUACACCAUGGUGGAGCGAGUGCCGGAGACCAUCAGUUUCCCCACGGAGGAGGAGAAGAUCCUGCAGUUUUGGAACGACAAAGACUGUUUCCAGGAGUGUCUCAAACAGUCCAAGAACAGGCCGAGAUACACCUUCUACGAUGGACCUCCGUUUGCGACCGGGUUGCCGCAUUACGGACAUAUUCUGGCAGGGACCAUCAAAGACGUCGUGACCCGAUUCGCUCAUCAGAGUGGCUUCCACGUGGACCGUCGCUUUGGCUGGGACUGUCACGGCCUGCCAGUGGAGUAUGAGAUCGACAAGACUCUCGGAAUCAAAGGACCAGAGGACGUGGCCAAGAUGGGGAUCGCUGAAUACAACAGACAGUGCAGGAACAUCGUCAUGAGAUAUUCCAACGAAUGGGAGAUCUCGGUGAAGCGUAUGGGCCGAUGGAUCGACUUCAAGAACGACUACAAGACGCUCUAUCCCUGGUUCAUGGAGACAGUUUGGUGGGUGUUCAAGCAGCUGUACGACAAGGGUCUGGUUUAUCGCGGCGUCAAAGUGAUGCCCUUCUCCACGGCCUGCAACACGCCUCUGUCCAACUUCGAGUCCCAUCAAAACUAUAAGGAUGUGCAGGACCCCUCUGUGAUUGUGAACUUCCCUCUUGUGGAGAGUCCGGAGGUUUCUCUGAUCGCUUGGACCACGACUCCUUGGACCCUCCCCAGUAACCUGGCUCUGUGCGUCAACCCGGAGUUCACCUACGUCAAAGUCAAAGAUAAUGCCAACGACAAGACCUACAUCAUGAUGGAAGCCAGACUCGGAGCUUUGUUCAAGGCAGAGAGCGAGUUCACUCUUCUGGACAAAUUUCCUGGUAAAGUUUUGAAGGGGAAGAAAUACAAGCCUCUGUUCCAGUACUUCAGCAAGUGCGGCGAGACUGGAGCGUUCCAGGUUGUGCUGGAUAACUACGUGAAGGAGGAGGAGGGUACUGGAGUGGUCCACCAGGCACCGUACUUUGGAGCUGACGAUUACAGGGUUUGUGCCGACUACAACAUCAUCCAGAAAGACCAGGCUCCCAUCUGCCCCGUUGACGCCUCUGGCUGCUUCACCGCCGAGGUCACAGACUUUGCUGGACAAUACGUCAAAGUGAGUGACAUCACAGACACAUGCCGCGGACGAUCCGGGUUUCGAGGAACUGCCGUGGAGCUGGGCACCGAAAUUCACCAACACCAUGCCAACGAGAAAGAGGAAAUGCAGGAACUCAACGUGAAGUUUGCUGGGUACAUCGAGAAGGUGCAGGCGUUGGAGUCGAGGAAUGCGUCUCUGCAGGCCGAGUUGGCAGCUCUGCAAGGCCGCUACAAGGGCGGACCUUCCAACAUUGCCGAAGAGUACGAAGUGAAGUUCAAAGAAGUGCGCGACUUGAUUGAAGCUUUGACCAAUGAGAAAGGAGCGGCCGAUAUCGAAAGAGGCUAUCUCGAGGAGGAAGUUGAGGUGUGGCGCUUGAAGCUGGAAGAGGAACUUGCUCUGAAGGAAGAGGCCGAAAUGAUUCUGAGAGAGUUCAGGCAAGACGUCGACAAUGCCACUCUCCAAAAGGCUGAGCUGGAGAAAAGCAUCGAACAGUUGGUGGCCGAGAUUGAGUUCCUGAAGAAGCUCCACGACGAGGAGGUGGCUGAUCUGAUGAAGCAGAUAGAGGAUUCAAAGAUUACCGCUGAACUGGGCGGUGAGAGGCCUGACCUAGCUGCGUAUCUGCGAAACAUGAGGGCAGAGAUUGAAUCGGUUGCUGCGAGAAAUGUCCAAGAAGCUGAGAAGUGGUACAAAAGCAAGUUUGACACCCUCAAAGAGCAUGCCGGCAAGCACGAAGACCACAUGAAGUCGAUGAAGGAAGAGAUCAGCGUUUUCCAGAACCAAAUCACAGAUCUGCAAAACCAAAUUGACGGCUUGAGGGCAAGGAACGCGGCUCUAGAGCAGCAACUGGAAGACAUGGAGAUCUCGCAUCAGGAUAAAGUCUCCGGGUUCGAGGGCGUCAUCAGCCAGCUGGAGACUCAGCUCUGUGAGACAAAGCUGGAGAUGACCAAGUACCUCCAAGAUUACCAGGAACUUCUGCACAUAAAGCUCAAGCUGGAUGCAGAGAUUGCCACCUACAGGAAGCUGCUGGAAGGGGAGGAAAGCAGAUUGGGGAUCGCCAAAGACGCCUAG